CCACUCAAUUUUGGUACGUCAUCAUGUCAUGGCUUGUCUCGGAACAUUUCAUUUGUUAGAAUCUUGUCGGAGUCGUGUCCUUUAAUCAAAACUUCAUAAAUGACAUUGUUCUUUGUACGGUCUCGACAUGCUUCCCCGGGCGGGCAAAGAGUUUGUGGUUCGCAUCCGAUUCUCGUGGCGACAGUUGUUCCAGGGUCGGUACCUCUUGCUCACCAACACGGUUAGCGGAGGAGGCAUGUUGGCGCUAGGUGACUUCCUGCAGCAGAGCCGGGAAAAGCACAACGACCCGACCAGAAUCAGAGACUGGAACAGGACAGGUCGCAUGUUUAUGGUCGGCUGCUCCAUGGGUCCGGUGCUCCACUUUUGGUACACAUGGCUAGACAGAAGAUUUGUGGGAUAUGCUCUGAACACAGUGGUGAAGAAAGUUCUGGUUGAUCAGAUGAUUGCAUCGCCAACUCUUGGCAUGUGGUAUUUUUUAGGUAUGGGAGUCAUGGAGGGACACUCCUUGUCCCAUGGAUGGGAGGAGUUCAAAGAUAAAUUCUGGGAAUUUUACAAAGCUGACUGGUGCGUUUGGCCUGCGGCUCAGAUGGUCAACUUUUAUUUCCUUUCACCCAAAUUCCGUGUUGUCUACGUCAACACCAUCACUUUGGGUUGGGACACCUACCUCUCCUAUCUCAAACACAGAUGUGACAGUAAGCCCUCUGAGCCGCAAUCUGACAGCAGUGUGGUAGACGUGCAACAGGAAGUUCUGCCAACAUCCAAACCGCUGCAGGAGAAAAGUGGAUUGUGAAGUCAAGGACGGGCUAUGUUUCCAGAUAGCGAAAACUCGCUCAAUGUGGAUAUUAAAAGUUAUUUUGCUGGGACACUUUUUUUCCAGGUACAUUUUAAUUGUACUCCAUUUAUGUGAGUAUUCCGACAGUGCGAUACCGGUCCUGACUUGUGCGGACAUUCCGAGAUGAAGAAGCGCUUUUCCUACAUGCUUAACAGUAUGACAUGCAAAUUUGACUCUGGUCACAGUGAGUAAGAUUUACAGUGGUACCUUGACAUACGAGCACAUCGACAUAUGAUUCUUUCGACAUAAAACGUAAAAUAUGACUCGUCAUCUGUCUCAACAUAUGCUGACGUGCUCGAAAUACGAUGAUUUACGACAGCGUUGCAAUUUCAUUGUUUUCCCGCAAGACGGCAGCACGUCGGAUUUUUUCGUGAGAUAUCUUCACUGGUCCCAAGAAGUUUUUUUUUUUUUUCUCUCUCUGUAUAAUAAAGAAAACAUAGUGGAGACCAGUGCAGGUGGCAGUGUGAUGAAAAAAGGAAGAAGGUGACGCUUACCAAUAAAAUCAAGUCAGAAAUAGAAAAAUUUGAGCGUGGUACGCACGUGAGUGAACUGACUAGACAACACUGUAUCCUCCUCUACCUACACACUCGCUGUCUCCACCGACCUCCAUUCGCCAGUAAGUUAAGGUGAAAGUAAAAACCUAUUCAUAAUUUAUAGUUUUAUAUGUGAAUAAUUUAAUGCAUGUAUUAAAUUAGAACAAUGCUCACCGUAUCGUCCCCUACAGUAACACCCGCUACUCCGUACGCCAGUUUUUAGAAGUUAAGGUAAUAAUAAAAACACUUUUUUUCCCUCUGAUUUAUUUAUAAUUUAUUUGUUUUGCUAUGUGUAAUUGCUAUUUGUAAUUGUACGUGCAGUAUUUAUUAAGGAUGUAGUGAAGGUUUCUGGGCUGUGGUACGAAUUAAUCGAAUUAUAAUGUAUUCCAAUGGGAAAAUCCCUCAACAUACAACCAUUUCGACAUACAAAGCAGGUCCUGGAACGCAUUAAAUCAGUAUGUCGACGUACCACUGUAUACUGUUAUAACUACACUGGCAUUUCAUUUAUUUAAGUACAAAGUUAUCACUCAUUAUAUUCUUUACUUGCCCAAAUAUCUGAACCUCUUAUAAUUUAGUAUCAAGCUGAAAUUGAUAGAACAUUGUUUUAAGUUUUUUUUUUUUAAUUAAAAAUAAAUAAAUAUUUUAAGAUAAGCGGUGUAGGAGAUGAAUUAAUUUAAAUGACAUUUGACACUGUCACAUGAGGAAAAUAUUUUUAGAACCUUUUCCAUACAACUGCAUUUUGUCAUUGCAGCUAAAAAAAAUUUAAUCUGACAAGAACAAAUUUGCCUUGUGAUUGCUUGGUAGCACCAAUUCCUUGCCCAAGUCAGAUGAAAUAGGAUUCCGAAUGAUUGGAUUGCUCAAUUAAUUUCUAGGCGUUGCUACAUAAAAUAUGCAAUUCUGUGGAACAGGUUUAAAUAUCUAAAUUCACCUCUUUUUUUGUGUGUGUAUCUUAUGUGAUUUCAAAUUUUGGCACGCUGAAGUGUUUGGUUGUUCUAAUAAGACUUUAUUUAAAUUUUUUUUUUUUUUUUUUUUUUAA